AUGGGCCCACAUGGUUAUGUAAAUUUUCAGCAGCUACCCACCCUUAAUAUACCUCAAAACAGUGAGUUUAGGGCUGCAAAUCCUCAACAACUUCCUCCAAUGAUCAAUCCGGGUAUGUACCAACCGUUUAUGUUUAACCCCGUUCCUUCCUAUCAUUUUCCCUUGUCCCAAAUGCAAAUUCCAGCUAGUGUUCAUCCUUAUGGAAUGCCAAACCCAUCUACUCUAUUUCCUAGCCUUCCACCUUAUUAUGGAAUGGGUAAGUGGGUACCUCCACAAAAUUAUGAGAUGAUUUCACCUAGGGUUCCCCCACCACCUCAACUUCCAUUCCUAGAAAGAGGACCUCAAGCACCCCAAUUGAACCCUAACAUAUUGAGUACCUUCAACAUGGGACAACUAAAACCCUUAGAGCCUCCUAUGAUGCCAAUCCCAACCAAUAUGCCAAUGGAUACAGGAGUUGAGCAUGGAGGAGAGCAAGAGAAGAGCCAUAGACAGAGGCUAAAGCCCGAGGUCUCGAUAGGGUAA